AUGAACCGCGGCACUCUUGUAGGGUUGCGAAGUAUGGUGUGCUUUGUGGAGGUGCUCGUUGUUCCUAGUCGUGAAGUUCUGGAUAUUACCAAGUCCAGCUUCCAUGGUACCCCUGAGAGGUAUCCAGACACUGUGAGCGUUUACCACAAGCCUCCACCAGCCGCAUUCCCCCUCGGCGAACCCUCACACGCCAUCAAAAAGCAAUACCUCGACACCAUCUUCAACCGACCCAUGCAAGACGUCAUCCCCGCCGAACUCCACAUCCGCAAAGCAACCCACAACCGCCUCCCACGGGCCAGCAACAACGUCCCAGACGUCCUGCUCCCCUACGAGAACUGGUCCCGCACGGUCAUCGACCGGCUGUUCCAGCUGACCACGUUCUUCACGUCCGAACGGGACUUUGUCGAGGCGAUUAGGAUUGCCGUUGAUAGUAGGCCCGAGGGCAUGGUGAGGAGGGACGUGUACGGCUUCACGGCGUUUGAUCUGGGCGUGAUGCUUGGCCGUUUGAGGAGUGCGGAGCAGGGGCCGGAGCUGGAGGAAGGAGAAGAUGAAGAAGACGGUGAUGAUGAAGAUCCUGGAGAAGAAGGAGAGUACCAGGGCGUGGUACUGCGCGGGAUAGAAGAUCCUGCUAACGAUCCUGCCGUUCCGCGCCCAAAGUCGCGCUCAGGCAGCGACCGCCCAGUAGCACUCGACGCUGCUGACAGAGAGCACGGCAUCAUGCGGCACGCAGCCAGCGAACCAGCUGACGGUGGCGUAGCCGUCAGACACAACACGCAACAGAUGCCGAUGCUGAGACAGCGCAACUACGACGAGAUGCAGCGCCGGGAGCGGCAGCUGCGGAGAAGGUAUUUCCGGGCUGUGGCGAAGCGGUGGCAUGCGGAGGCGGAGAUUCAUGCGUUGGAUCUGGCGGACUACUACUCCGACCAGGCGGAGAAAGAAGAAGAGGGGGAGCGGGAGCAGAAUGGUGAGGAGGGAGAGGGGGGUGUAUCAUAG